UAUUGAACACUCUCAGUUAACGCUUGGUGUUUAACAACCACGUCAAGUCGCCAACAUCCUUCCGCCGAUUUAUCUACGACAGUCCCCUAUUUUCAUUGCAACCGUUUUUGAGGGAAUGGGUGUUUAGAGACAUGGGCGAUCGCGUCCGAGGAUGCAAAUGGAGUCAUGGCGCGAACGAGGGUUUGUGCCAGACUCUGAUGACGAGGAUGGGUUCGAAAGCCAGGAGAAGGGAGUGAAUCAGGAUGUCCACAAUGAUAAAGUUGCUCCCACAGAAAGUGCUGUGCAGACGGAGGAGGUUGUCGGGACCGCUGGCCAGGGGAGUGAGGGGGUAAACAAUGGCGAAAGGGACGACGCCCAUGAUGACGACCUUGGAUACGUGGAAGGGGACCGAGAAGGCUCUGAUAUUCUUGAGGAUCUUACCGCGCCUGUUGAGGAAGAUAUCGAUUUCCCCUUGCCGGAUGCGCAACUGCAAGAACUAAACGACGACGAGAGAGACUAUAGCCAAGAUUUGGGUGGUCCUGGGUUGGAUGAUGGUUCAACACGGGGAGAAAAUAUUUCAAACGUCUCAAGAGCUGAAACACCUGAUGGGCUGUCUAAAGGUACUGAAGACAAGCAGUCGUCGACGCCCCGGGCCAGACAGCAGCGUGAUUUCUGGGACAUGCCGAGCUCUUCCCCGGACCUGUUGCAGCUUGAUCACCAUCCGUGGCGGAAAAAAGCCUCGCCUGCGGCCACGCCGACACCCAAGGCCAAAGAGACAAGUCAACCGCGCCAGCCAAUCGAGAAUGUGGAAAGUUCGCCUCCUUUGUCCCCAUUAUCCUCUGUGCGCUCCUCAAUACUGGCCGAGAAUGACCAUCAACGCGCCGAAAAUCUACCGGACCAAGACCUUGAAGAACUGCUGCCACCUCUCGACAUACCGGAGGAUAUACUACGACAACUGGAUCAACCUGUGAGAAGAUCGCUCAGGCAACGCAAUCCCAUUCAACUCCACCCUUAUCUUCUUGAGGAUGCAAAAUACCAAAAGCUCAUGAAGGCUAGGGGUGUCAAACCUGUGCGCAUCACUCAGCAAGAACUACAACGCGCUCGCAUCGCAGCUGCUGAAAGCCAGGGACAGAACUUGGCUGAUGACGCGGGUUCGAGCUCGGACACCCAAAUGACAAGUUUUCAAUUCACCCCGUCGUCACCUAUAGAUCCUCGACAGCUAUUCGACAUAACACCGCUGGAGGACACAGCGGAAACUGACAAUGGGCAAGUUCUUCAAAGACCGAGACCGUCUUUAAAUACUACUGCACCGCGUUCGCCCAAGAGACGUAAGGUGUCAGGACCUGGAGAUAAUCGUCAACGCCAGAAUAACCGUCCAGCAUCUCCCCCAGCCCCUCCACAGGUUGUGAUAAGCAACCCGUCAUCCUCUCUACCGCGCGAAGUUUCUUCGAUAUUCGACAUUCCUAGUCCACCGCGCUCGGGCAGUUUAUCCUCCCCAUCCGUCCGAGGAGAUACAGGGUUUCGAUUUCCACGUGGGUUCUCGCCUCCUCAUACUGUGCCUAGGACGGAAACAAAGAGAAACACCGCCGAUAUCAAUGAUAGCACUGCUAUUAUAGACGAAGCUGAGAAUGGGACUGACCAAGAAUCUAACGACUCUCGGACCGUCAGAUCAGAAUCACCCCAUAGCCGCCCAACUUCUGAUUUGGAUGGAGAGGACGACGAGAAUGCGCGCGAGGCAGCCGUUCGAAGAUAUCAGAGAAAGAUCAAAGGUGUCCUGCCGGCGUCAUGGCUACGACUGGAUCAGCAAAACCAGAAAGGACUCCUCGGCUCUACACCACGGAAUCAUGACAGAUUAUCCCGGCUGGAUGCGGAAGCUGCUAAAGGCGUUGCCAGGAAAAUUACGAAAAGGCCUGACGCCUCGGCGCCGUCCAGUGCGAGAGACCAACUUCUGUCUUUACAAGAAUUUGCAGAAGACAGUGACAGCGAAAGCGCAGAAAAUUCCCUCGAUCCUGGCAGUGCUGAACCACACCAACGCUUGGGUAGUUUGCUUGGGCCUGACGACUCUUUCAUUGACCAAGAUCCCGACGGUGAUAUACCAGAGGACAACCGAAUCGAUUACAUGUUUCCAGCGAUGUCCCGAAAUCCUACCCUUUCCAAUGGCCAAAAACGCACCAAGAAGCGCAGAAGAUCGAAGACAAAUGAAACUCGAUUCCAUGAUCAACCAAAGAAGCCUCGUACAAAACGGCAAGCACGACUCACAGAACCUAUGUAUGGCGGUCAGAAAAAGAAAAAUCCUCGGCCGUCACAACGUCUACCAAAUCUGGGUAUAUUGGAUGCCCCAGAUGUAGCGUCGCAGCCCCGAAAAAAGCAGCCUCAAUUCUUGAGAGUUGCUGCAAGAAACGCACGUUUUCGUCAAGACAGGGGAAGACAUAGCCCGACCCGCAAGGUGUUUAGGCUGAACUCUAGGUUGGAUACAGAAGAUGCCAACGCAUCUUUGCGCGAAUGGCGCGCGGGACGAAUGCGACAGGCGACUUUGCCCAGGGCACCGCGUCAACAUCAACAUCCUCGAAGACAGCCCUUAAAGGACCUCUCCACAAAUGCGAGAGAUGUUUUCAACGGCCUAGACGCCAAGCGGACAAGGGAGCGCAAUUUACCGACCAAUACUCAACUAGCGGGCCCGCUAAGAAAUGAUAAUGCCGCAGGGGGAGAAACGGCAACAACUGAUGCUCGCCCGGACUCAACAUCCGACGCUCGCAAUGCUGCGCCGAGGCCUGUACAGCAGCGACGAGGUAAUGCAUGGGUUAUUCAACGAAAUCUCGCCAUUUCAUCCCUAAGCAGGAAUAAUGCACGACCUGUGAUGCCAGGAAUCGAGAACCAUGCCAGUGUUGCAAGAGAACCCCCGUCGUUGCAGGGGUCACUUGCGUUAUUGGCCCGGGAUGAAAGGCUACCUCUGAACCGAUUUCUCUCCGGCACAGCUGGCCCCCAUAACUCACUCGGGGAAACUACUGAGCUUGACAAACCGAAGCAUGCCCCGAACCCUGUUGCUGGCUCACGACCUCGCCAGCUGAAGAAGCGGCAACCAAAACGCCUCAAUAUCACCACAAUCGAAGAUUAUGCACAAUCUGUGAUACAAUCCCAAGAAUUGGAAUAUCCAGAAUCUCGAUCCAGAGGGCAGCUGCCUCGCGUCAAGACCGUUGGACAACCAAAUCGCUUCAGGACGGCGUAUUCUGUAGAAUUUGGUAUCAGCCCUUUGCAUUCAGGAACAUUCUUUCAUGAAACUACAUUCAUCGGGAGUGGAGAGUUUUAUCGCUCGCUUGAUAUCACCAAGCGUGGACUCGACAAGAGCACUGGCCCCUUCCACUUCAAAUUUGGUGAUCAAAGUAUGCGAUGGGGCGCCUGGGAUGACUCGGUAUCUUCUCAACUGGGCACAGCUUUUGACCAUAUUACUGAAACCACAGAUGCCGGCAAGAUUGCUGGAAGCUUAAAAGAAACCUCUGAGGAUCUUGUUAAUUCAGGCUGCGCUAUUUAUAGAUCGGUGGUGAAGUAUACGUCAGAAGCGUUAUCAUUCAUCGACCCCGUUGACCGAGUCGGGUUCGUAACCAGAGCCAACGGCCUCAUCUCGAAGACUAUGGAAAAUUUGUCAAGUCUGGUUUUAGCGACUGGUUUUGAUACUGGACGGGUGUUAAAAAUCGCAUCGUACAAUGUCGUCUUUGCAAACCUGGUUUACCAGAUUUCCUGCCACAGCCUUGUGAACAAGUCUAUUCGGGAUGAGGCUUUUGAUUUGACAAAGUCGGCUUCGAGGCAUGUUGUCACUCUUAUCUCGAACCCGAAAGGGCAAUCAAGCCUCCAAAGGUUCCUCGCUGCAACCAAGUCCCAAGAAUUGCGUGAGGCUGGCAUUAAGAACGACCACCCAACUGUCGAGGCAUACGUUAUUGUGCAGCACGUGUUGCGUAGUGUCGAGGAGUUCAAGGGAUGCCUGCAAGUCUUUGUAUCAGAUGCUUACGCAACACAAGAUCUUGAAAGCGCCGACGAUAGAGAUAUUGGCAACCUGGAGAAUGGAUGGCAACGGGUUUUUAUGACUCUACCCUUGCAGGAGAUCGAUGCGCUGGGGAUUUCUCGCGUUGGCUCCCGCUUCAGGGAUGGCUAUGAUAACUGGACAGUCGUCAAGCGUCUAUUAGGCCCGAUAUUUGACAGCGACGAGGCGAAUUCAGAGUUCCAGCCCAUUUCCUAUUACAGUUACUGCCGAGUGCUGUUCCAGAGGUGUUUUACACUCAUCAAUGGCUGGGGUUGGCGCGAUUGCAAGCCAAUUCUCGACAUGCUGUACGACUUUUUCGCCAAACGGACUUUGUACAACUUGAGACUAGAGGAGAGCCACAGGUCACCUGCUUUCCUUGAUGAACUUGACGGCAACCCUUGCUUUGACGUUUUCCCGGGAGAUCCAUGCUUUCAUAUCUUGCUUAAGAUAAUCGCUAGUGGACUGCGCUUUUUAUCGAAGGCCUACAACAAGAAGAAGAUUCUAAGUUAUACCUGGCGGCUGUUACCAAACCAUGGACGAAAUUAUCCCAAGGAGCAGCCUAUCCAUGAAGCAGACUUGGAUGCAUUGAGAAACCACCACGACCUCCUUUGCACGUUAUACUCCUCUGUUCCUGAAGGGUGUCGCCCUCGGUUGGGGACAAUUAAGGAUCUAGUUAAUCCCGCUACCUCCCACUUCGAGACUUGCAAAAUCAGCAUUCGGUCAUGGACACGGCUUGCACGGUUUAAGUUAUCCACCAACGAGGAUAUAUCUGGCUUAGAACCCUUUGCUGAAUGGCAUUGUUACUUUGUCUUGGAAUUUCUCAAGCAGCACAACCUUGCUCGAAGGGAGAUUGAAGCGCAAAAUGUUGGCGGCAAACAGUUUCCUCAACAGCUGAUAGAGAGAACAGUCGCAGAGAAUCAACGACAAAUCGAAAACUUAUUGAAGACGGCUCUUCAGGGUCUGCAGAGCGCGGUCAAGACUGCACCUACGUUAGAUCACGCCCAAAGAAUCGUGUCUCAGACACCUAUCAAGUCGAUACUGGACCUUUUCAACAGCCGAGUCGCACGGUUAAAUGCCACUGUUUUAGAAGGACUCCAGGUCAUCGUGAUGUACGUUGAGCAGUGCAGUUCGCUUUCUCCAGAGCAGCCCGUUGUGCCGGCCGGGAACCCUUUAUUCUCAACGGAUGACGAUAGUCAAGAAUAUGGAGAUUGGACGGAUAUCGAGGCUGUAUACGGAUAUGAACCUCCACCGGUACCUCCAGGGGUGGAGCAUGUGGAAAGGGUAUUUCACCCUGCAGUAUCACGUUUAGUUUCGAAUUGCUUUGGUGAAGAUCGUUCCCCUGAUGAUGCGAUUCUCAACGGCGUUGUGGAUUGCUGGACAUCGAUUGCCAACACCCUUGUGAGACAUGGAUUGCGACGAUGGGACAGUUACAUAAGUCCCUACGAAGUUGAUUCCUGGGUAGCGCUUCGUUGGACGACCCAAACAAGGAAGUUUACACCCCAAUUCCUGGCCAAAUGUAUCGAAAAGGAUGGGCAGAUAUUAUCGGAAUGUAAGAUACAGAUACUCGGGAUAUGGCUAUCGAGUUUGGUUGAACGAGCAUCGAUGCUUAAGUUUCAACAUUGUUUAACCGAGGCGAUCUUGAACCGGGAUGCAGAGGAUCCCGUUCUAAAGAACCUUCCUUUCUCUCGGGACACAAAAGAAGGACGAUACUCGAUAUCAUAUGUAGAGCUCAUUCAGCGCCGGCUGUCGCUCAUCUCAUCACUUCUGUCGAACAUGCGCACACAUCUCCAGGACUUGGAUGAUAUCAAAUCACGAGAACUACCAACCAUGCGACAAGAGUAUAGGGAAGCCAUUCAGAAAAUGACGACGUCCAUGAAAGCAAACUAUCAGGAGUUGGGCAACGCGGAUCAGGGAGACUAUGUCCACUUCGUCCACAGUAUCGUUGGUUUCCUACAACAGCAUACUAGAGAUAUCUGCCCUAUCGACCCGUUCUUUACAGAUCCAGUUUCUUUCCCUCUGCCUAAAAACGACCCGACUUACAUUGUCGCCCGGCUGAAGAGCUACGAACCGAAGCUUUCGUCCGCGAAAGUCGCGAAGACACUCGUCAUUUUCGUUCAAGGCGUUUCGGAACGUGCCGCACUUGAUGGGGAGCAAACGUAUCUUGUCAACCAGUUGCAUGAGGCAAUAUCAAAGACCUACGAAGCUGGGAAUUUAGAUCAGCCAACUCUGCGAGCAACACUUUUGCGCGGUGUCUUUCCUGCGUAUCUUGCAACCGCCUUUGAGAACCCAGCGGCGUGGAUUCUUAGUUGGCCAAUUAUCGAGACUAUCACUCGCGUGUUCAAAGAAUUGCUUUUCAAUAUGGAUGCCACAGAUCCAGACUGUGUCCGUUCAGUCGUGGAUAUCUCCAGUGCAGUUUUCGAGCCAUCAUAUAAGGCCCUACACCGGAUAAUACUUGACAUAACCUUACUUGAUAAACCCGCUGCCCUGGUCACCGCCGCAGCCUUUCUCGACAUGAUCAUAUCCACCCUCCCUGUCAUCGACUACACCGACCGCGUCACAACAGACCCCAGUUCAACAAGGUCAAUUAUAGCGCAGAUCCGUGCCUUCCAAAAUCUCGCCCUCUUCAUAAUCUCCAACCUGCAAAAUCGAUCUCAUCUAUCCCCAGACCUACCGAUAAACACCGCCCUUCCCACGGAGACUCGUCCCCAGUCAUCGCCCCAGCUGUCCACCAGCGACAUUUCUCUCUCCGCAACCCGCGAACUCCAGACAUACAUCAACGAAAGUUGGGCCCAACACCAGGGAAAAUAUUACUUUACCCGUCGAGGUCACCAGCCGCAAGAGGUCACGGUCGAGGCACCAAUGUCCGCGAAACUAGAUAGCCUGCCUGAGAAGAGGCUGUUAGACGCUGCGACGAUGCUUUUGGAUGCGCUAGAUAGCCUGGGCUUGCUCGGCGAGGGUGAGGAAGUGGUUAAUCGCGACAUGCAGUUUCAAUCUGACAAUGUCUGGGAAGAUGAAAUUCUUCUACUUUAAUGAUGCUUAUAUUACGAUGCAAACGAGCACCUUUACUAAAUAGAUGAUCCAUGACUCAAAAUUAUUCUAUUCGCAUGUAUACUUUACGUUUUCUGAAUAUUAGACUUUGGUGUCCCAUGGUAGCUGGAGCCACUAUGGAUCUGCGAUUCCCAAACUGGAAUAUUUAAAGCUCCC